CUCUUCUUUUCAUAUCCAUCGAGAGCCCUAAAUGCCCCCAAAUAAAAGUUUGUACUUAAUUCUUUUUCCCUUUCAAUCUCAAAAUUUGCCCCCAAAUUUCCCAUUUUCCCUUUCUAUCAGAGAAUAAGAAGAAGAAAAAUCAGUACAUUCUUUCCUUUGAAGAACUAGAAAUGAAACAGGAUUUCAAGGGAAAAUGUCAAGAGAAAAAAUAAGCAAAGCUGCACUUCCUCCUGUUCAAGAGGUGUUCUUUUUUAUUUCUAUUGCUUUCAGUAUAUAUUUCUUAGAUUAUUUCUGUUGAUAAUAGUUGUAGGAGUUUGAGUGGUGAUUCUUUACAAGGUGUGGAGUUGCUGGUGCUACGGUGGAGGCGGAGAAUGGAGUGACAGUUGUUGAGAUGAGUGCUGAAAAGCGGAGAUGGGGAAGACCGCCGAGGAAUCAAGUGAGAACCAUGUCGUCAUCGGCGCCGCCACCACUGCCUUAAAGGAAGGAUGAGGAUGAUGAAGAAGAUAUUUGCUUUAUAUGCUUCGAUGGCGGCAGUCUCGUGCUUUAUGAUCGACGUGGCUGUCCUAAGGCAUACCACCCAGCCUGUAUCAAAAGGGAUGAGGCAUUCUUUAAAUCCAAGGCGAAAUGGAACUGUGAAACUUCUUACGUGCCAAACAUACACAGAUAAAGAAGGUAUCAAGCAGCAACAGUUGUUGGCAUUUAUCCCAAGACAUCAGAAGCACUACAUUUUACCGAAUUUUGUCAGCAAGAAGGUACAUUUUAGUCCACAGUUACAGACAGAUCCUAGGCAAAAUUAUCUCCAUGCUAAAUCUUGUCUUCAGCCUUCAGGCUUGCUGAGGACAUCCAAGAUGCUUAUGCUGAGGCAGCUAGCAUUGCUGAACAGGUUUUUCUCUUCUCUCCUGGCUCCAUUUCUUUCAACCAGACUUAUUUUUCUUAAUGUUGUUAAGUGAAUUUAAAUUGGCUAUUUUGCUUAAUGUUCAUACAGUUCUAACCCUAUACUUACAUCAAUGGUGUAUGUUUCAAACCAGGCAUUAUUUUAUUUUCUAACCCUCAUUUUUUAGUAUACUUUUCGUAACAUGAAAGAAUAAGCUAUGAUUUCGACCUUGAUGUUGAUGGCAGUUGCAUUAUUUAACACCAAAACCCAUAUUAAACGGGUUUUUCAAAGAAGAAAAAUGCUGAGAAUAUAUGGUCUCUGCAAAAAGAUGGGCUACAAGGACGCUAAGUUACUGAAGCUUUACGGGCUCUGAUAGCCAAUGGCGUUGAAGCGGGGACUAUCCAAUGUGGGAGUCCAAAGGAACAGAAGUUCUGGAUCUCGUGACUCUUUUUUUCUUCUCAAUUCUGAUGCUUUCAGUUUCACGCUCAUUGCUUUGAGUUCAUUACAAGAUUUCCUUGAUUAAAUAAAUGUAUUAUAUCUUUUAUUACUAAGAUUUACUUGAUUAAGAAAAUGCAUUGUAUGUAUUAUUACCUUGCAUAUGUAUUAUUUAUUUUAGUUUUGAUUCUAAAUUUUAAUUUUUACUUAAGAGUUCUAACUUUUGGAUUUUAA